AUGCCCCACAAAAGACCGCGCUCCAAAGAACCCGACAUCGAGAAGAGACAAAAGAUCGCUGAUUUCUCAAGCACGGUUAAGAUGUUGGGGUUUCCGAAGAAAGCCGGAUUGGCGGGUGUGGUUGAGAGUCUUAUUAUGGCGCAGGGUGAGGGUAAGGGGAAGGGGACAGCGCCAGCGUCAGAUAUGUCUACUCCACAAGUAGAUAUUGGAGAGACGUUGACUGGACAUGAGGUUAAUGGGGAUGAGAAGGAUGCUGAAGAGUACAUUGGAGAUGGAGAUGAUAAGGGUGAUGGGUAUGAGCAUGAAGAGGAUAGUGACCCUGAUAUCGAUCUUUUGGAGGACUGUGCUAUGGGAUCGUGUGAGAAUAGUGAAGAGGAGGGGGAUUGGGGAGGCGAGGGAGAUGAAGAAGACGACGACGAAUACGACGAAGAAGACUCAUCCCAAGAAAACGAACCAACAAACGAACCAUCCACCCAACCCACCCUCCCCCCCUCAAAACCACCACCCCCCACCCCAUCCCAACCAACCACCGCCUCCUCGCUCCCUCCUAUCCUCCCCACCGACGCCAUCUCCCAACGCAUCGCCGAGCUCGAAGCCGCCUCGAAAAACCCCGGAGCAAAGAAACUCUCUCAGCGGCUCCUAAAGGAAGCAUGGGCCGACAUGACGGUGUCGCAUGGGAAGAAGAGUAGGAGGGCGCAGAGGGGCGUGGGCGCGAUGUUGGAUCGGAUGCCGAGGGAGUGUUUUGGGCCCGGGUGGUGUAAGAAUGAGUUGUGUGAUCAUUUGUUUAGUCGGGUUUAUCAACCGCCGCCAGAGGAGAUCGCUGCGAAAAGGCCGUUGCUGGAUAUAAUCAUGAAGAAGAGUGAGAAAGACGGAUUUCCAGUUAGCGAGGCCUGCUGUCUCUAUUUCCUCAACAUGAACGGCGACAAAAUCAUUCCCACACUCGAGGGAAUAAAGCGAGAUAUAUUAAUGCGCGAAGAAAAACUUAAGGCUACCGGCCGAAUCAACUGGGAACGCGAGAUCCUGAUCCUUGCCGACCGAACCAAGCCCACAUCCAGCAAAGUCCGUUGCCGCGACGAGCAGAUCCGCUGUCUCGAAGAAGACGACGCGAAUUUCAAGGCCGUGUUGUCUCAUGGCUGGAGAUCGCCCUACGCCAUGACCGUAAAAGGGACGUACAAAGAAGAAAAGCAGAGACAGGCUGAGUUCAAGGUCUAUCAGGAUGAAGCGAAAUUCCGGGAGACGCGCGCGAAAGUGUAUGAGAAGCUGCGAGGUCGCGGAGCUACACCGGAGGAGCUGGAAGCGCAGAUGGAGAAGUGGGAUCGGAGUAAUAAUAAUACUGCUGAAUUUUUGCAUGACGCGCACAAGGUUGAUAUGAUCGCGAACCCGGUAACCGCGAAGGAGGUUGCGGAUGCGAAAGAUGCUUCGUUGAGGCAGAUUGCACUUAACUUGGCGGGGGAUACUGAGGAGAGUAAACGAGAGUUUGGGAUGGAUACAGGUCAACUCUUGACGCCGGAAGAGAUUGCUUAUAAUAGAGCGCUUUACAUAUGGCUUACAGCGUAUAUCCGAAAACAUUCUGCGCCAUCAAGCACCACUCCGACUGGACGACCACGAAGAAAUCAUCGAUCCAGCACUCAUUUAGAAGCCCCGUUGAUGGCUUUGUAUAAACCAGCAGAUAUGAGGGAACUACCAGCCAGCCUAGAAUUCGAAGACGAGACCAUGCAGUACGAACAUGAGAUGUGUAUGCUUGAAACGCAUCUGCGAAGAUUCUAUGUUGGUCUGAUGGAUUUUUAUGAUGGACCAAGAAAGAAAGAGUACUGGUCCGAAGCCCAUCUCCUUGCGGAAUCUUCGCUCUUUGAGUUUUGCUAUAAUCUCAAUGUUGCGUUUGCCAAUUGGACACGCAAGAACCCUCGAGCGCUUCAGAAUGUGGAAGGGUUCGGCUACCUAAACUACCUCCCUCAAGCUCUUGUGAGCGGGCGAGAGGCUGUGAUAUUUUUCAAACGAAUAGAGCACUUCUUUAUGCUACCCUCGUCGAGAUGUCUAUACUUGGAGAAUUGUCUCGAACGAUGGCCAAGUUUAGACCAGACGGCAAAGGAUCGAAUCAGACAAAAGCAAGAACAAUAUGAUCCCAGGAUAUCAUUUAAUGAGCGAGGGUUGAUUUUCCCUGGAAUCGAUGACAACCGGAAAUCUUUUUUCAGCCUUUGGGACAGGCCUCCGAAGGACGACCUGCGUAAAUUGAAGGCCACUGGAUUAAAAAUCGGUCCUCCUAUUCCGACGACCACAGCUCAUUCGUCUAAAUCGCAGCCCACUGGAUCAGAAGUUACUACUCCGACCCCUUCUCUGAACACUGCUGCUCAUUCUGAGACUGCUCAGAAAGGCGUCCCUAUGGGGCCAUUUGACAUGACAAAUCCGAUUUACAGAGAACACGUUGAGGCGGCCCGACAUGCACUUCAAGAGAUGACGCUGGCCAGGAAAAACAUCUCUACUUACCUAGACACUCCCGCGUUUGGAACUGAGACGGGAAGCACCCCUGAGAAGUUAGAGGGAGAUUUGACUUCUGCAGAGAAACUGCAAAGGGCAAGAGCUGAAGCGACAGAAGCAUAUAAACAGCGGCGGCUUAGAAGAGCGGAGGGGUUGAGCAAAAGCAAACCAGUGGCUCAAGGCAAGUCUGAAUUUGCGAGUGAUAAAGGGAAGGAAGCAGGUGACACAGAUAAAUCUGGGGAGGUGAAAGAACCUAAAGUGGCAGAGAAAAAUGUGGAAGGAAUGAAAGAAGCAAUCCAACAAGCUGCGAUUGAUAAAGUAGCAGGCAGAGCCGCCAUGUUACGCAAUAUUCGCGGACAAACAACUCCAACUAAGAGCGAAGAAGACAGCCGAACAUCCAACCCAACGCAAACAGGAAAGCAAGAAGAAGACAGCCAAACAUCCACCCCAGCGCAAACAGGAAAGCAAAAGGAAGAACAAAAGAUCAUCAUCAAAGUACCCGUUCCAGAUGCAUAUGACAUCAACGGCUUUCGUCUCGUGGAAGAGAAGGAGGUGACGAGAGUGAUCGCGAAGCCGCGGAAGAAGUCUACCCAGACGAUGUUUAAAGAUAUGAACAAGAGUAAGGUGGAUAAGACUGUGAAUCUUGUCUCGAAGGGAGAGGGCGACGGGAGUGGUAAGGAGGAAGCGCAGACUGCACCAGCGGUGAAUGAGAGUGGUGGUGAUGAGUAUGCCGUCAAAGGCGGAGACGAAGCGGUUCCUGAGGGUGUUGUGGAAAAAGAUGAAGAUGGGUCUACCGAGGACGAAGCGUUCGAUUACGAAGACCACAUCAUCCGUCGCUUUCCCGAUAUGUGGGAGUAUUUCCUGCAGACACAACGAGAAGCCACACCGCGGAUCGAACAUCGCAGCGAGCACUGGACGGAGAAGAAAGCUCAAGCGGCGCAAGAAGAACUUGUGGAGUAUUGGAGCCAGUUUGAUAAAGCCACGCGGAAGCUCUUUCAUACCAUGAAUGGGAUGUAUAUGGUUCUUGGUGAUGGCAAGGUCACCAAUGGUCCGUUUUCCGAGAUGGAGGUGAAUAUGUUCCUUUCGUACAUGGAUCUGUGGCCUAGAUCGGGACUUUCUGUGAUUGUGAUCUGCGAGUUCCUGGGGCUGGCGAAUAAUGAUCCGGGCGUGGCGUACAAAUUGUUCUCGAUGAUGAGGGCGUUGAUGGGUGUGUAUUUUGAGAAUAUCGGGGUGGUGUUUCCUAGGAGGGUGCAGUAUGAGGAGAAGAUGAUUGAGUGGUGUAGUUUUGUGUGGACGAGGUUGACGAUACUGGCGAGGGCUAAUAUGCCGGAUGAGGGAGCCGCGAGUUGA